GCAAAGGCCGUCUUGUUACUACUCAAUCCUUCUCCCGACCGACCGCAGAAUAAAGGAAGCAGCAGCCCGUCUUCUCCGUCCCUCCUCGACCGACGACUGCAAAAAUGGCUGCUAUCAACAAGAUCGCCCUCAACUCGCCGUCGAGGCAGAACCCCUCCGAGCUGGAGACUGCGAUCGCCGGCGCUCUCUUCGACUUGGAGAGCAACACACAGGACCUGAAGGCUACCCUUCGGCCUUUGCAGUUUGUCUCUGCCCGUGAGGUCGAGGUCGGCCACGGCAAGAAGGCGAUCCUCAUCUUCGUCCCUGUCCCUCUCCUCCAGGGCUUCCACAAGAUCCAGCAGCGCCUCACCCGUGAGCUCGAGAAGAAGUUCUCCGACCGCCACGUCCUCUUCAUCGCUCAGCGCCGCAUCCUCUCCCGCCCCAAGCGCUCCGUCAACUCGCGCACCAACCAGACCCAGAAGCGUCCCCGUUCGCGUACUCUGACCGCUGUCCACGACUCCAUCCUCACCGACCUCGUCUACCCCGUCGAGAUCGUUGGCAAGCGCAUCCGCACCAAGGAGGACGGCAGCAAGACCAUCAAGGUUGUUCUCGACGAGAAGGAGCGCGGUGGUGUUGACCACAGACUUGAUGCCUACGGCGAGGUCUACCGCAGACUGACCGGCCGUGCCGUUGUCUUCGAGUUCCCCCAGAGCGGUCCCGCUGACUACUAGAUUUGGAGCAUGUCACAAAUUUUUUUUUUAAAAAAAAAAAAAACACAAGGGUUUAUGAAAAUUGAAAAUGUUUUUUUUUUUUUUUUGCAUUUGAG